CCCGUCGAGCCAGCUGAGUCGAGACCCGCCGCCGGCACGACGACGACAAUGCCGCUGCAGAACGGCGCGCGGGCUGCGGCGGAUGCGGAGGCGCGAGGGAAGCAGCCGGCGGCGGCGGGGCCGAGGGGGCGUCCCGGCGCGGCGGCGGUGCCCCUGUUGCUGCUGCUCCUACGCGUGGCCGCGCUGUGCGCCUCCGCGGCGGCCGCGGCGCUCGCGGCCACCGGCGGCGCCGCGCUCCUCCGCCGCGCGCCGUUCCGGCUCCUGCUGGCGGCCGACGCCAUCGUGGCCGCCUACUCGGCGCUCGAGGCGGCCGCCGCGGCGCGGGAGGCGGCCGGGGGCGCCACGCUGCUGCCCGAGCCCGUGCAGCUCUGGUUCGACUUCGGCCACGACCAGGGGUUCGGCUACAUGGCGCUGGCCGCGGCCGCCGUCGCGGCGCGGGACGCGGCGUCGUGCGGCGGCGGCAGCGCGGCGUGCGCGCGCGCCGACGUCGCGGUGGGGCUCGGGUUCGCGGCGUUCGCGUUCCUGGCACUCGCCGCGCUCCUCACCGGCUUCCGGGUCGCCUGCUUCCUCGCCACGGGCUCACGGUUCGCGCCUCCGCCGCCUCCGCCGCCGCCACCAUCCUUCCACUAAUCGGCGAAUAGCCUGCCCUGUGGCAUGCUCUCUGUGUGUGUGAACGGCGACCGCUAGUGCGGGCUUUGGCAGCAGAGUGUAUGUGUGGGUGAACGGCUGAUAGGUGGUAGCUAGAAAAUUUGAUCAUCUGAAAAAAAGAAAGUAAAUUUGAGCACGUGUAAGAUCCAGUUUCAGCCAUACGCGCUGAUGAACACACUUGUAGUUUGGUACAUACUUUGUGCACGCACGGAGUACGGUGGUGUAGUUUUUCAUGAAAGUGUGUGUUGAGAUCAACAGUGUCAAUCGUACUACCUCCCUCUGAAAAAAAAUCUUUAAACAUCUUUUUCUUUAUCAGUAGUUUCUCCCACAAAUACUACUAUACCAUCAAUCGAUACACAAUCAUCACCAUACCAAAAAGAUCUUGAAAUACAGAUCCAUUGAUGUGACGCUUUGCACCAAGCAUGUGUACCAUUUGACUUGCUGAGGGUUAUAGUUUCUAAGUUUGUGUCUGGCGGUGGAAGUCGCAGGUUCUCUUCUCCCUCUGGCUCUCGAGUUGGUUGGUUCCCUUCCCGGCGAAAGGAGGGGAGGGAAGCCGCGCGGCCGCGUUGGCUGCCUUGUAUCCUCUCCGUCCUGUACGGCAUCCCCCAUUUGCACCGU